CAACUUUACACUCGCUUUAUAAACCACAGAGCGGUUCAUACAGGAAUAAGCAACAGCGCGCCACAAAACUCGGAGCUGUCGCCAUUUACCUGUAGCUUUUUCAGGGAUAUCGGUGUUUAGUUAAUUUGAGUCCAUUCGUGUCGUAGCCUAAUACUUAAGUGUUACGGGAGAAACAGAUCGUUCCGUGAGGAGUUCAGUAAAGAACGCGAAUAUCAGGGAGUGUAAGUUAGCAUCCGCGGCUAUCUGACUAAACGCAUCAAAUCUGACAGCUAGCAAUACUUGUUUCAGUUUUAGCUGAUUUUGCUGACCGGAAAGUUUUGAUAUUUUGAUUAUUUUACUUAACAUUUAUCAUAUCGUCCAAGGAAAUCUAUUUCUCAGAUAUAAUAAUCGCGAAGACUCAGGAGGCCGCGUAGCUGCGCUGCUAGCUUCGCAUUCACGAGUCGGCAAAGGGGAAAUUGAACAGUCACUUCAUAUCUUGGAAAUUCUGUGGACCACUAACUCUUCCCUUUACAGCUACACCCCUACACGGACUCAUAUUGUUUGAGGAUUUAUCAUUUUUUCUCCUUGUCUGAAAAUUUUCCUCCUCUGUGUCCUCAACUUCCACCGACUAGCUGCUUCCGGUGAGCUGGCGACGCCGCUCAUCUCAGGAUAGAUAGACUAAACUCUCUGCCUCCUGCCUUUGAGGUGUGAGUCAGCCAGUCUUCUUCUCUGUGGCGGUUCAGGACAGGGCUGUCAGUUAUCAGUCAGUGAUGUCAGAAGAAGGAAAGCAGAGCGCCGCACCUGCCCCUGCAUCCACUAUGGACACGAAGUCUGAGUCCACAGCCUCGCCACCUACCGGCCAGGGGGUUUCAUCGGUGUCUCCUCCGGUGUCCACAGUAGCACAGCCUGCACCACCUGCAACUGAGGAUGAGGAGGAGGAGAGUGAAGAUGAAUCUGAAAUCCUGGAGGAAAGCCCCUGUGGACGCUGGCAGAAACGGAGAGAAGAGGUUAACCAGCGCAACGUCCCAGGUAUCGACAAUGCUUAUCUUGCCAUGGACACAGAGGAAGGUGUGGAGGUGGUGUGGAAUGAGGUCAUGUUUUCUGAAAGGAAGAACUUCAAACUACAAGAGGAAAAAGUCAAGGCAGUGUUUGAUAACCUCAUCCAGCUGGAACAUGUGAAUAUAGUAAAGUUUCACAAGUACUGGGCAGAUGUGAAGGAGAACAGAGCCAGGGUUAUUUUCAUCACAGAGUACAUGUCUUCUGGGAGCCUGAAGCAGUUUCUAAAGAAGACAAAGAAGAAUCAUAAGACCAUGAAUGAGAAGGCAUGGAAACGCUGGUGCACUCAGAUAUUAUCUGCCUUAAGCUAUUUGCAUUCAUGUGAACCUGCCAUUAUCCAUGGGAACCUGACCUGUGACACCAUUUUCAUACAGCACAAUGGACUCAUCAAAAUCGGCUCAGUGGCUCCAGACACCAUUAAUAACCAUGUGAAAACAUGUCGGGAGGAACAGAAGAGUUUGCACUUCUUUGCUCCAGAUUAUGCAGCUGUUGCCAAUGUCACUACAGCCGUGGACAUCUAUUCCUUUGGAAUGUGCGCCUUAGAGAUGGCUGUGCUGGAAAUCCAAAGUAAUGGAGAGUCCUCAUAUGUGUCACAAGAAGCCAUUAAUAAUGCCAUCCAGUCUCUGGAGGACCCACUGCAGAGAGAAUUUAUUCAGAAGUGUCUGGAGGUGGACCCCAGUAAGAGGCCCACAGCCAGAGAGCUGCUUUUCCAUCAAGCUCUGUUUGAAGUGCCUCUUUUGAAACUAUUGGCUGCACACUGUAUCGUCAGUCACCAGCACAUGAUCCCUGAAAAUGCUUUAGAGGAAAUGACCAAGAACAUGGACCCCAACCAGGUCAUUAUGGAAAGGAAAGAGGUCCAACUAAAACUCUCGCAGUUUCCUGCUUUGGAGCUUGACAAGUUUCUUGAAGAUGUGAGGAAUGGGAUCUAUCCGCUGACUGCCUUCGGCGUGCCCUGCCCACAGCAGCCUCAGCAAGAGGCUGUCAAGUCCCCCAUCGUGCCGCCCUCUGUCAAAACGCCUACGCCUGAGCCUGCAGAGCUGGAGACCAGGAAGGUUGUGCAAAUGCAGUGCAACAUCGAGCCUGUGGAGGAAGGAGCAAAACAUCAUCUGACCUUACUGCUAAAACUGGAAGAUAAGCUGAACCGACACUUGAGUUGUGAUUUGGCACCAAGUGAGUACUUUAUCAGGCCCCAAACACACUACACAAGCAUGUAAACGCUUCCAGCUAGA